AUGUCCUCCACCGAGAUCACCCUCCCCCAAAUCUUCACCCACACCAGCGACACCCACACUACCACCAUCCACUGGACAAGCAUCGGCCCUGCCAACGCCCCCCCAGUAAUCUUCAUCCACGGCACGCCCUGGUCCUCUUACACCUGGGCCGCGCACGCCCUCGCCCUCUCCACCCGCUACAAAGUCUACCUCUUCGACAGACCCGGCUUCGGCGCCUCCCCAGACCGCCAGCCCCUCCACCCAAACAGCCCACCCGAGCUCGAUGGCUCCCUCUCCGGCCAAGCAGCCUCCUUCGCCGCCCUCUACACCUCCUGGGCCUUCCACCCGGCGCAGCCCCCGCACGUUAUCGCGCACGAUAACGCCGGGCUGGUCGCCCUCCGCGCACACCUCACCCACGGCACCGCCUACGCCAGCCUCUGCCUCGUCGACGUCGUAGCCGUCUCCCCCUUCGGCUCGCCCCUCUUCCGCCUCAUCGGCCAGAACAGACCCGUCUUCGACGCCAUCCCGGACUCGGUCCACGAGGGAAUCCUACGCUCUUACAUCCGCGAUGCGUCCGCCCGCCCGCUGUCCAAGGACGUAGAGGAUAGGCUCGUGCAGCCUUGGACGCCGGCGGGAACGCAGGGCCCUCACGCGUUCAUCAGACAGCUGGUGCAGGCUGAUCAGCGGUUCGCGGCGGAUGUGGAGCCGCGGUAUGCGGAGGUGGGCGCGGCCAUGCCGGUGAAGGUUGUGUGGGGGGCAGAGGAUCGGUGGAUUCCUGCUGAGAGGGCGAAGACGCUGGCGGAGGGGGUUGCGGCCAGGGAGCUGGUGCUUGUUGAUGGGGCGGGGCACUUGAUUAUGUUUGAUCAGCCGGAGCGGUUGGCCGUUGAGAUUGCGGUUUGGUUGGGGUUGGUUGCAGUGCCUACAUCAGGUGACGGUGCUUGUUGA